AUGAAGAAGGACAACCAGAGCAGCGUGUCCGAGUUCCUCCUCCUGGGGCUGCCCAUCAGGCCAGAGUUCCAAGGCAUCUUCUUUGCCCUGUUCCUGGGCAUGUACCUGACCACAGUACUGGGCAACCUGCUCAUCAUCCUGCUCAUCAGGCUGGACUCCCGUCUACACACACCCAUGUACUUCUUCCUCAGCCACUUGGCCCUCACUGACAUCUCUUUCUCAUCUGUCACUGUCCCUAAGAUGUUAAUGAGCAUGCGAACUCAGGAUCAAUCCAUUCCCUAUGCAGACUGCAUAGCACAGAUGUAUUUUUUCCUAUUUUUUACUGACCUGGACAGCUUCCUUAUUACAUCAAUGGCAUAUGACCGAUAUGUUGCCAUCUGUCACCCUCUGCACUACACCACCAUCAUGAAGAAAGAACUGUGUGCCUUACUAGUGGCUGUGUCCUGGAUCCUCUCCUGUGCCAAUUGCCUGUGCCACACCCUUCUCCUGACCCGGCUGUCCAUGAAGAAGGACAACCAGAGCAGCGUGUCCGAGUUCCUCCUCCUGGGGCUGCCCAUCAGGCCAGAGUUCCAGGCCAUCUUCUUUGCCCUGUUCCUGGGCAUGUACCUGACCACAGUACUGGGCAACCUGCUCAUCAUCCUGCUCAUCAGGCUGGACUCCCGCCUGCACACACCCAUGUACUUCUUCCUCAGCCACUUGGCCCUCACUGACAUCUCUUUCUCAUCUGUCACUGUCCCUAAGAUGUUAAUGGGCAUGCAAACUCAGGAUCAAUCCAUUCCCUAUGCAGACUGCAUAGCACAGAUGUAUUUUUUCCUAUUUUUUACUGACCUGGACAGCUUCCUUAUUACAUCAAUGGCAUAUGACCGAUAUGUUGCCAUCUGUCACCCUCUGCACUACACCACCAUCAUGAAGAAAGAACUGUGUGCCUUACUAGUGGCUGUGUCCUGGAUCCUCUCCUGUGCCAAUUGCCUGUGCCACACCCUUCUCCUGACCCGGCUGUCCUUUUGUGCUGCUAACACUCUUCCCCAAUUCUUCUGUGACCUUAGUGCCCUGCUCAAGCUCUCCUGCUCAGACACCUUCAUCAACAACUUGCUCAUAUUCACAGAAGGGGUGGCGGUCAUUUCCCUGCCAUUUAUUUGUAUCCUGGUAUCUUAUGGCUACAUUGGGGCCACCAUCCUGAGGGUGGUGACCCCUUUAGGGGGGCCAAAGGGGUCCACAGCCAAGCGUGUCACUACUUUCUGA